AUGGUCAAGAAGCCCAUCAUCGGCCUCCUCGGGGGCGGCCAGCUCGGCCGUAUGCUUUGCGAGGCCGCGGGGCCGCUCGGCAUUGAUAUCGCCAUCCUGGACGAGGCCAGCUGCCCCGCGAAGCAGGCUAACCAGAACAGCCGGCACAUCACCGGCUCGUUCAAGGACCCCGCCAAGAUUAGGGAGCUGGCCGCCAUGUGCGAUGUUCUCACCGUCGAGAUUGAGCAUGUCAACACCGAGGUCCUCGAGGAGAUCGCGACACGCGGCGUCAUCACCGCACCGGGCACCGUGAAAAGGGUGCCUGUCCACCCCCAUUGGCAAACCCUGCGCUUGAUCCAGGACAAGUACCUUCAGAAGGAACACUUUGCCAAGGCCGGGAUUCCCAUUGCCCCGCAGAUGGCCAUCGAGUCCGGCCCCGCCAUGCCGGAGAGCCUGACGGCGGCUUACAGGACCUUCCAGUUCCCCUUCAUGUUGAAGGCGAGAAAGGGCUCCUACGAUGGUCGCGGAAACUUCAAGGUCAGGGGCCCGGAGGACUACGAGGCGGCUGUCCAGGCGAUGGGCAAGCUGUCUCUGUACGCUGAGAAGUGGGUUCCCUUCGACAUGGAGUUGUCCGUCAUGGUUGUGCGCACCGAAGACGAGGACGGUGAGCUGAGGAAGGUUCACACUUACCCGGCUGUCGAGACCAUCCACGAGGAAAGCAUCUGCACCAAGGUUUUCUACCCGCCCCGGAAGAUUCCCGCCGAUGUGUGUGAGAAGGCGCGUCAGGUGGCUGGAGACGUCAUCAAGACGGUGAAGGGACGCGGCGUCUUCGCUGUUGAGCUAUUCUUGCUGAAGGACGGCACCAUCACCGUCAACGAGGUCGCCCCUCGUCCUCACAACUCGGGACACUGGACCAUUGAGGGUGUCCCUUACAUGUCGCAAUACAAGGCCCAACUUUACUCCAUCUUGGACAUGCUCCCGCGGUCGAUCAAGCUCCAGCCCCGUGUCUCUAGCGCUCUCAUGCUGAACGUCCUUGGAGGCGUCCGCGAAGACUCCCACGAGGAGCUGGUAGAUCUCACCGCGUCCCUGUACGAUGACAACAUGGACGUCUUCCUCCACCUCUACGGCAAGUCCUCCAAGCCGGGCCGUAAGAUCGGUCACAUCACAGUCACAACCUACUCUCCCAACGCCAACUUGGAGAGACUGGCCGCGCCCCUUAUCAACGAGGUGAACUACAUGCGCGAGGCUCGCCUUGACGCUUCUCCUGAACAGCUUCGUCUGCAGGAGUCCCCAGCAAAGAAGGCCAGCUCUCGUAACGCAGACAGGCCCCUUGUGGUGGUCACCAUGGGCUCCGACUCGGAUCUCGGCGUUCUGAAGGGCGCCUUUGAGAUUCUUGAGCACUUUAAUGUCCCUUACGACCUCGAUAUCACCUCCGCUCACCGCACUCCUCACCGUAUGGUCGAGUUGGGCAAGACUGCGGCGCAGCGUGGCAUCAAGGUCUUGAUCGCAGCCGCCGGCGGCGCUGCUCACCUCCCCGGCAUGCUGGCAUCUGAAACCACGGUGCCAGUGAUCGGUGUGCCCGUCAAGGCUACCCACCUGGACGGCCACGACAGCUUGUUGAGCAUUGUUCAGAUGCCUCGCGGCUGCCCCGUGGCGACAGUCGGCAUCAACAACUCCACCAACGCCGCGCUCCUCGCGGUCAAGAUCCUUGGAUCCUCCAGCCUUGAGUAUCAGCAGAAGAUGGCCGAGUACAUGAGCAACAUGUCCCGCGAGGUCGAGCACAAGGCGGCCAAGCUGCAAAAGAUUGGCUGGAAGACGUAUCUGGAGAGCAAAUAA